AAAGAAGAAAUGCUUCUGUAAGACAUUCCGAUUAUUGCUGACCGGGGUGGGGAAGGACGUCUCGUCGUGUUCAGGGGCUAAUUAUGGAUGGCGAUCUGCGUUUCGAAAUCGCGUUUGUUUGCAGACCGUGGUGAGGUGUAGCCUGGAGCGAGGCGGCUGCCGUAGUCAUGGCCGCCUCGUGCUCUAGCGGCAGCCUGUUGAGGAGCUCGAGCAGCCCCCGGGCCGUUUCUCCGCUUCCCGGGCAGUUUGAUGAUGCGGAAACCGAGCCCAGUAAUUGUGGCUAUCCUGAGCAAACACAACAGGCAGUAAAAAAAGUCAACAACUUACAGCUAAGUAACUCAGCGGAAGAGGAAUCUUAUAUCGAAAGCGAUGAUGGCGAAGAAUGGGACUGGGAUGAUUGCGAUGGAGACCUCACUAAGCGCUACACUGCUUCCAGGGAUUACAAUCAGCAGGCAAAUCGACAAAUUUCGUGUAAUUCAGCAAAGAUGUCCACUCCAACAGACAAGCUUUUGAGAAAAUUUGAACAUAAAAUUAAUCUUGAUAAACUAAAUUUUGAUGACUCUGUGAUAAACAGGGUAACUGAAAAAUCAAGGCAGAAACAUACAGACAUGUUUCGGGUUAAAGAUAAAUCUGACAGAGCCACUGUGGAGCAGGUUUUGGAUCCACGAACUCGAAUGAUUCUAUUUAAAAUGCUGAGCAGAGGAGUGAUCUCAGAAAUCCAUGGAUGUAUCAGUACAGGCAAGGAGGCAAAUGUAUAUCAUGCAACAACAAACACUGGAGAAAGCAGAGCAAUAAAGAUCUACAAAACUUCAAUCUUAAUUUUUAAAGAUCGUGACAAAUAUGUUAGUGGUGAAUUCAGAUUCCGCCAUGGAUAUUGUAAGGGAAAUCCAAGAAAAAUGGUGAGGACUUGGGCAGAAAAGGAGAUGAGAAAUUUAAUCAGGUUGCAAACAGCAGCAAUACCAUGUCCAGAACCAAUCAUGCUCAGGAGUCAUGUGCUUGUUAUGGGUUUUAUUGGUAAAGAUGAUGUGCCAGCACCAUUGUUGAAGAAUGCUCACUUGUCAGAAUCCAAGGCCCGUGAAUUAUAUCUGUCUGUUAUUCAGUACAUGCGAAGAAUGUACAAAGAUGCCAGACUGGUUCAUGCUGAUCUCAGUGAAUUUAAUCUGCUGUACCAUAAUGGGGGAGUUUAUAUAAUUGAUGUAUCACAGUCAGUGGAACAUGAUCAUCCAUGCGCUUUGGAGUUUCUCCGAAAAGACUGUCUCAACAUUAAUGAUUUUUUUCGUAAAUAUGAUGUUGCUGUGAUGACUGUGCGAGAACUUUUUGAAUUUGUCACUGACCCUUCAAUUAUGGAAGAUAAUCUUGAUGCUUACCUUCAGAAGGCAAUGGAAAUAGCUGCUGAAAGAACAGAAGAAGAACGAUCCAACCAGGACAAAGUAGAUGAAGAGGUGUUCAAAAAUGCCUACAUACCCAGGACACUGAAUGAAGUGAAACAUUAUGAACGGGAUGUUGAUAUAAUGAUGAAGCGCAAGGAAGAAGACAGGAUUACAGAUUUAGAGCAUGACAAUAUUCUGUAUCAGACAGUGACAGGAAUGAAGAAAGACCUGAGUGGUGUGCAACAGGUACCUGCCCUCCUUGAGAAUUUGCAAGAAAGUGAUGGAAACUCUAAAUCUGAUAAUGAUAGUUGUGACUCAGAGCUUGCUUCUGAAGAAGGAGAAAGGAUUCAUCCUAAAGACCGUGUGCAAGAAGACGAAACAAACAAAAAGGACAGAAAAAGAAUGGUUAAAGAAGCGCAGCGAGAAAAACGAAGAAACAAAGUACCUAAACACGUCAAGAAAAGGAAAGAAAAAGUUGCUAAAAUGAAGAAAGGGAAAUCAUAGAAGUUUGAAUUAUGCUUUGUAAAUGGUUGUCAACCAAAAUACUCUGCCAACUACUUCAUUACUAAGUUAUUAAAUGACGAAGCCCAUUUGAUUCAUCUUGAGCAGUAUUUUUGAUACCAGGUACCGAUUGUGCCUUUGAAAUGAAAUGCUGUUUGGGAACACACAAGUGCCAACAGCUUGACCCACAGGGAGAUUUUGAAGAACAAGCAAAUUAAGGCAAUGUCUUUGGGAGCCCCAGUCAAUUAAGGAUGACUGGAAAGUCCAAAGAAAGCCAUAACUGCCAUAAACAUUGACGGUAAUGGUAUGAAAUUAUCAAAGCUCUCUAAUAGACGGUGGCCUCCUAUAGGUUAAAUAAUAAGUGGCUACAGCUGUCAGACUGUCAUGUAGAGAUGAAAACCCUCUACAGCAUGAUCCGCAGUAGUGGCCCUCUGGCAAUUGCCGGGGUGGGGUGGAUUUAAAUUCAGUGCAACAAUGAUGACUGACAGGAGCCCAGCCUGUUCAUUGUCUCACUUCAACCUCCAUCGGAGGCCCAUAUGCUAUUUGGAAAAUUCCAGAAAACCUCUGAUUACUCCCCUCAAUAGGCAGUUUACUUGGCUACCUGCUGCUGAUAGGCAUGUGGCAGUUACCCCUCUUGAUGCAGCCCUCUUCAUAACAACUCAAAAGUGGUACCAUUGUGGCAGAACACCAUGUUGGCCAGUAAUGGGAAGUUGCUGAAACCUUGCCUUCUGAUCCUGCCUCAACAUCUCCACCAAAAUUCAACUCCCUUGUUUCAUCCACUCAGGAAAAUCCUCCAACUCCCCACAUUAAAGUGCCUAGUUGCUUCCCAUCUGGAUUUAGGAUUUCAAUGUCCACUGUAUUUUGAAGUCAAUUCGACAUGUUGACUAUAUAGGGAAAAAUAUUCUGAUAGCUGUCCUAACUUUACCUUUUGCCAACUUAAAUCAUUACCUCCUUAUCCUAAUCAGCAACAUAAUGAAACAUUUCCUUGAAGUAUGACCAAAUGAAUGGUACUUAUUUUACCCAGACCUAAUAGUCUUUGCACACUGCUCAGUCAUUAUGUAUAUGUAAAUAAAACAAAUGUGAAACUGAACAGACUCAUUGGAAUUAUUAAUGAAAGGCCCCUGCUGUUAGAACAUAAUAUCUUUUUGAUUGUAAUUUUGAAAUAGCACAGUAUACCCUAAACAGCUGGUGUCUAUUGAAUGUAUUUCCCCAAAACAUACAUCUCUUAAAUUUUUAAUAUAAUAUAUUAGAAAGCAUGUUUGAUCAAAAUAAGUUAAUGAAACGGAAUACAGAUUGCAAAAAGCAAAAUUUAGAAGUGUUGUUGUAGUAAGGGAGAGUUGAGUUCAAAUUAAGUCCAAGCCGAGGGAAUUACUGACUCAUUCCUAAAUCAAAUUAACUUAGUGUAUUUACCUUGGUUUUUGAAGGAUACUGGUUAAGAGAAUUAAUUUUCUAAAAUAAACACAAAUUGACACCCACAUUCAGAGACCCUUCAGGAUUACAGUCAGAAUAUUAAAAAUUCUAAUGGGAAAUUGCCAUUUGCUUUGGAGAUUAAUGCAUAUUCUUUGGACUUGGGGAGAGAUUUUAUUUACCUACAUUUCACUGUUCUUUCCCUUGGAAUGUCAAGUGCUUUAAUGCUGCUUCCAACAUAAAAGCCUGUUCUUUCCACAUCACUAACCUGUCUUGGCGCACUUUUAAAACACAUUGUUCUAAAUAAUGUUGAAUAAUUGUUCACUUCCUCAGCAAGAUUUCCAGUUAUGAAUCUGGAAGCGUUUUCAAUACGGUUUGGUAAAUCUUGUGCUUCUGUGUAUUUGUAGUAGCACCAAAUUUAUUUGACUUUUGAAAUACAUGCUGCAAUUCAAAUAUUUUUGUAAACCGAGUCCACUGUAUGCUGUUUAUGUUUGAUAUAGGAAAUUAAUUCUUAUUUAAUGAAUUUCCAGUUGUGCUUAUUUGUAUACAGUAGUAAACAAAUGCUUGCACAAAAUAUAAACUUCAAUGCCAAAGCAUCUGUUUCCUUUAUUUACAUGAGAUGACUUGUUAUGUCUUAUUGUCUCAACUUUAUAAUGAAAAAUACUGAAUGUGUAAGUGAGGUAUAAAAUUGUCAUAGAUUCUUCCGAUUUAUGGUGUCCAUAACUUUGUUUUCAUAGUUCACAACAUCCUUAUUACUUUCAAUUGAACUACUUUGGCUAACCCCACCCAUUUUUUUCCAAAGCUUGCGAACUUCUGUCUCUGAAGGCAGUGUAACUGUGGUAACUGUAACAUGGCAGUGAAUAUCAAAUAAAAUUUGUGAAGAA